AAAUGUGGGAAGAGCUCAACCAGCUCUUGCGUCUUGCGAGGCUCAUAAGAAUCGGUAAUUGUUGUUUUGAUGCUGCUCAGUAGAGUAAAUUUGAUAUGCGUAGAUAUAGCGUAACUUAAAUAUAGCAAAAAAAGAAAUUGACUAAUGGUAAGCAACUGUGACUAUGUAGGUAUGUAUUGUCUCGGGUCAUAAUAUGUUUUGCACGAGGCUCGUUGGUCUAGGGGUAUGAUUCUCGCUUCGGGUGCGAGAGGUCCCGGGUUCAAAUCCCGGACGAGCCCAUUUUUUUAAUUGUCUGUCUACUUAGAGUAAUAAAAUAGAAUGUCGUCUACCUUAGCGGUGUUUCUUGUGAAAAUGACUGAUGCUACCUUCUCGUGCUUUCGGAAUUACCGUAAAAACGAGUUUCAUGAUCGGAAAUUAUACUCGAACGCCUCUCAAGUCGCAUUUACUACUGGGGAAAACGGAAAUAAUUUUGAUACCAGAGAUUCCGAGGUGGACGGGUCAUAAUCUUUAAACACGGUGGAGGGGACAACCUUUUUCCGGUGCCAGUGCUUUGUCUUGUCGCCAAAGUAACGUUAGUAUAGUUAUAUGCUAGAUGUGAACGAACAUCCGAAGCAUAUUGUUUGUUGUACAAACAUUGAAAUACGCAUGUAUUUGACCGAAAUUUCAAAAUUGUAAGCAAACUGCAUGUGUAACGUUAGCUCGGUGAAUGUUUAUGAUAGUCAACCAGUGCGAUGCUAUAUUUUGUUCUUUUCGACAUCAAAGCACUUGAUUACAAGCUCGUAAUCACUACUUCCUAAAUGGGAAAUAUGAAAUUCCCGAUAGCAUGUGAAGGCAGCAUAAGUACGUAGCAUUAGUGACAACGUCCCUGACUGACGCGUGUAGAUUCUUAUGCAGAGUACUAACAACAAUAUUUGCGUCUAAUAUCAACGAAUAAUUUAGUUAAUCAGAAUAACUUCGACACAGCAUUAUAAUUAAAAUGCAUAAAUAUUUGUGGAAAACUAUUGUCAAUGUUUUAGGAAUGUUUAGAUGUCAUGAACACAGUCCAUCCUCCAGGUGGCUCGUUGGUCUAGGGGUAUGAUUCUCGCUUUGGGUGCGAGAGGUCCCGGGUUCAAAUCCCGGACGAGCCCUGUUUUUUUUAGGUGUUUUUGUGAGAAUAUUUGUUAAUAGUUCUUGGUUAUUAUACUGGAAAGUAUAGAUACUAGUAUAUAAGCAAAAUACAGAAGACUAUUUGGUGGAGUCAUAUUGAAUGUAAUUGUAAUUAGAAAGGCAUAUGUGACCCUGGACCACAAAACCAAUCAUAAGGGUCUGCUGAAUUAAUAAUCUUUCCAUUGAUUUAUGGUUUGUUCGAAUAUGACAGUAUUUGAGAUAAAUCCAUCGGAAAAUCUGAGUCUGAGAGUGCAAAAAAUCUAAAUAUUUAGAAAAUUGCCUUAAAAGUUCUUAGCAAUGAAUUUUAUUAAUAAUUUUUUUUUAGUAAAUUAAGAUAUAUUUGCUGUAUAAGAAAUUUACCGUAUAUCUUCAUGUAACAUGAUCUUUAAUUAAUAUCCUAAUGAUUUUGGGUAUAAAAGAAAAAUCUAUAAUUUUGACCCAUACAUAUUGUUGGCUAUUGCUACAAAUAUACCCAUGCUACUUAUGACUGGUUUUGUGGUCCAGGGUCACAUUUGAUCAGAUUACAGAUAUUAUAAUUAUUACAUUAUCUCAUUUUAUUCAUUGCAUUUCUUUAUGUGCUACAGAAGACAUUACUCCCUCAGGGGUUUUCUUUAUGUCUUCGCAAGUUUUUCCUUGGCAUUUCCUUUAAACAUGGAAUUUCUGAACUCACAGGAAAUCUUAAUGAUUCUCUGCAAUGAUAGCAUGUAGACAGAUUUCUGAAGAACUAGUGAGAUUUGCUUUGUCUGGCAAUAGGGGAGGAGAAAGACAUGUAUCACCUCCCCCACGACUCCACAGCCGCUUUAAAACACGAGGCGGUUAUUCACACUGACAACAGAGGCAGCUUGCUCUCAUUCACACACCAGUCAUUCUCAAUCAGAGCUCAUCUCCUGACAAAGAUCUGCGAGGAUUUACGAGUUAUUCUUCUAUUACGCGAAACAGUUUUCAGUUUUUAGUCAUGGAGGAUCAGGAAUGUGGGGUCUGUUACCUGCAUUACUCCCGCAUCGACCGCGUUCCCAGAACCCUCCACUGCAACCACACAUUCUGCACCCCCUGUCUGGAGGCAAUGGGGCAGCACAGCAGCGGCCUGCGCACCAUUCGCUGUCCCUUCUGUCGCCAGGUGACAUGUGUGGGCCAAGGGCUCAGCUUGCAGGAGGCUCUUUUUGUUAACAGCCAACUGUGGGACAACAUUUGUGAAGAGCAAGAGGAGGAAGAGGACGAGAGAGAGCAGGAAAAGGAGAAAGAGGGGAAAAACACUAAUAUGCAGGCGCUGCCCUCAUCCCAGGCUGAAUGUCAAGUGCCAAAACACUGCGGAUCCAAAUUCCGACUCCCAGCUUUCCUUAAGAGAAUGAAUUUGUCCAGCCAUCCUGAAGAGAGGAUUGUUCCCACCUGCAAUAUCUGAGCAACCUGAGGACAGAUGAUGUCAUGGCGAAGGCUUUCAUCAGAAGAGAUUAUUUGAAAAGUGGAAUGGACCAUAAACAAAGGAUUAACAAUAGAAACACUAGACUUUCCGUAUGUUUUGCUGCUGUCGUUAAAAGUGUAUGCCAUGUUCUAAUUACGCCUGGCAUACUGAAAGAGCUGGAGCAACAGUCGGUCCUGGAAAAGGUUGUUUAAAUGAACCCAAUCCCCUCCAUGUGCUUCUGUGACUGAAUUUUCCAAUUGAAUAGCCACAAGUCUGAAUCCCGCUCCUCCAUCUGAGGGGAAGUUCUCAUUAGGUAUUCCACCUUUAAUCCGUCCCAGCGGCUGAGGCCGGGCUUGUUUCAGCUGUCCCGAGAGAGAGAGGGUCUCAGAUGGCAUCUUCCCCUUGAAACAUCUCCCCCAUGUCUCAAAUGGACUCUUUUAAGUUAUUAUAAACUUUGUUAUUUAUAUAAUUUAUAAAUGCUUGUAAAUAAAAAAUUCUGAUUGUUAAA